AUGGCUACUAGCAACCUUAAGAGGCUAGAGGCUCAAUCAAUGGAGGAAGGAGCUACCCCCAUGACUGAGGAUCAGAGGUUUGAAGCAGUGCUCGGUCCGAAAAAUCAGGAUAUAUAUGUGGUCGUGGGACUGCUCCAAAGCCCACAACAUCUACAACUGGACAGUGCAUUCGUGCACAACUAG